UUCUGCUUGAAUGGAUGGUAAUGCUGUUACUCCAAGUUGAUGAAGGUUGGAAAUGCAGAUGGGCUUUGAUUGAUUUCUGUUUAAGUUCAGGGAUAUGAAUAGAAGGAUGCACAGCUCCCCAGUAAUUUUUAUUGUAAAUAGAGGAGGACAGAACAGCAACUAAUUUAAGGAGGAAAGCUUUUGCCAUUUGGUAGUGAAGGAUAUGUUACAGUUAUAAAUAAUUAACUUGCAAGUGUGCUGGAAGAUGGUUUAAUUCCUGAAAGAAAUGACUUAUGAGUAAUGAUUUGAGUGGUGGGGAGCAGGCAAGCCAUUUAAUCUGUAUGUCUUUGCCUUUCAUGAUUGUGUGUGAGAGAAAAGAUGAAAUGUAUUCAGUGGAAACAUGUCAGCAGGAAAGCUGAAAAGAGAUUGCUGAGACCAUUCCUAUCAUGUGAGCAGCAUCAGAUUCUCCAGCGUGACAAGUGGAGAAUCCACCAAUGGAUUAACUUCGUCUUCUUCCUGUAGAUUAGUCGUCCAAUUUUGCUCCGCCUCUCCUCCUGGGACCUUCCUGUCCCAGUCUCGACUAGUCUUGAGCCCGACUAGACUGAAUUCUUGACUCCUGAAGUGAUUCUUCUUUAAGGUCGUAUAUUUCUGAUAUUUUGGUCAAUCCAAGGGGGGCAGAACUGCAAAGAACGAACGGCUGUUCGUUUGAGCCCUUUCUGCUGCCAGAUCACAGCUCAACCAUGAGGCUGGCCUGAGCCCAGCGGAUCGCCGGACAAACAAGGAACCGGACGCCAUUUUCCAAUCACCAAGUGUGACCCUGAACAAAGAGAGACAAUCUCCUUCCCCCCCCCAACACAAUCCUCCCACAGGGCUAGCCAGGAUAGCCGAAGUAAAUUCGGAAUUCAUUAGCACAGCUGAUCAGUGGGCAAUUUAAACUUCCCAUGGAUCAUACGGAAGCUGGAGAGCCGCGUGGGAACAAUAGGACACACGCGAAGCUGGUGAGCUGCAGAAGAAUAUCACAGCUCUUAGCCUAAAUCAGCUAAAGAGCUCCAAGGCUCCUGCUGUUUCCAUUGCCUGAAGCUGGGGAUUAGCUGAUUGGCAGAGGGCUUUUAGACUCCGCAGCUCCCUCCUGGAGUUUCCCUGUGGCUCCUUGGCUUCCUUGCAAUUCACGCUGACCAUAUUCCACUGAAUACAAGUACAGUUGUUUUUUCUUGGGCAGACUCCAGGAAAUCCAGCUGAGGGAGGCACGAGAGAGAUCGAGUUCAGCCAAUAACAACCUCAACUUCACCCAAGCUCAGUCCUUCUUCCUAGCCACAUAGGAAUAAUAACAAUAAAAAAUAAAAAUUUAAAAAAAUAAGAAAAUAAAAAUAAUAAUAAUUAAAAAAUAAGAUAAAAUAAUAAUAGUAAUAGUAAUAAUUGAAGAGCACAAGACAUAGAUCAACUCACAAUUACCCUGAACCAGAUUGGAAUUGUAAAUCAUUCCAGUUAAGAAUGGCAGAUACCAGCACAGUUCAAACAGCACAGGACCCUGCCACCACCAGUCCCCCUGCUCAUAAAAGACAGAGAUCAUCCAAGCAGGAGGUGGCUGGGAAGAUCAAGGCCAAGGCAAUAUUGGCCAAAAGGUCUUCCAAAGCAGUGGAUAGGGGGCUAAGUGACAUCACCAGGCUCUAGAGAGACAACUCUCCCGAGCCAAAAGGAGGCAAACUCCACUGAAGAUGAAUUAGAGCCACCCAAUUACAGGGAGGAGGACAUUUUUGGCACAAGGAAGCCCAGCCAGGAACCUCUGGAAACAGUCUGAUGCGGAACAGAGGAACAGCUCUACCCUAAGUGAGGGGCCUGGAGAUCUGGGUUCAGAAGCAGGCAUCCGUCGCUCAGAUAAUCAUGGAGCAAUGUCUUCAGAACACCUUCAAUCCCUGAUAUCUCAGGCUGUUGCACAGGCCAUGGCCUCCUCAAGACACCAGAACAAGGUCUGUGGCCUCUAGGAGCGGCUCCCAUUUUUCUCAAGAGGAGGCCUCUGUGUACCAAGACUCUAUUUUCUCCUCUAGGUCCUCCAGAGGCAGGAGGUCUCCUGCGGAGGACCAUGAGCUGACGGAUCAGAGAUUGUCCAACGAAGAGGAUGUAUCUCCAGAUCCUCCUCCGUUGUAGGCUUGUUUAAUCCAUCCUUAUUCAAGAUGCUGCUACAUAAUGCCAGUGGCACUGCAAAUAUUCAGAGGCCCCCAAUUCCGCAGAAAGGAACAUCCACCAAUCCCUCAACUAGUAAGGUCACAAACAACGAAGUGUUUUCACAGCCCACCUAUACCCAACAAUUUGUUCCCUGCCCACCUCUCUUCUUUGAUUCUGUUCAGAACAACAUGGGGGCACUGGGUUCCUUCCUCCCAAUGGGGGGGCAGACAAGAAAAUAUUCAACAUAGAUCUGGCACUAUCAGAGAUAAUAGAAGUGCCAAUAAUAGAUGAACCCAUUGUAACCCUCUUUUCUCCACCCCCGAUAGCUGGGGAUGCAGCGGAGGCCAUGAAAUCAAAAGAAAAGGAGGGUUGGGGUGGGUGGGUUAGGGUUGUUUUUUGUUUUUUGUCUUUUUUUUUCUUUCUUAUUUGUAAAAACUUUAAAAUUUUCAAUAAAAAAAAAAGAAAAGAAGAUGGACCUAAUCUUCUGCAGGGCACACCAGGCCUCAGCCUGGGCAAUCAAGGCAAGCAUCACUACGUCCUUUUUCACCAGGACAUCUCUUCUUUGGCUGCGCCAACUCCAGUCGAGUAUUCUCCCAGUGGAAGAGAAAACUCACCAGAAUUUAAAAAGAUUAGUGGCGGCAGUGGAGCUCAUGUCGGAUUCCUCCUUACACACAACCAAUUUCUCUGCCAGAGCAAUAGCGUACAACACUGGUGCAUGCAGAUUGCUGUGGCUCAAGCAUUGGAGAGCGGACAUGAAAGCUAAGUGGCGUUUAGUGGCGGCAUCCUAUAAGGGCGGCCAGCUCUUUGGCGAGGUGCUUGACCCUUAUCUAAUUGACAAACGCAAGAUCCCUGGCCCACCUGACAAAGAGGACAGAGCGGGGAGCUCCCUCCUAUUCCUGCAGAUCGGCCUUCCGACCUGAUGCAGGCAUGGAUAAGGGGACCUUUUCCCUUCCCUAUCAGCCCAGAUCGGACCGUCAAGGUAAGAGAAACAAUAACAGGGACAGGUUCAGACAACAGGCCCAAGCAAGGCGGCCCUUUCGAGGAACCAGGGGGCGUCCUUACUGCAGAUCCAAGUGACAGCCCGAGGGCCCCCUCAUUGGUGGCCAGCUAGCCCUUUUUGCUCACAAAUGGCAAGCUACCACCAUUGACCUCUGGGUCCUAAAUACCAUCAGAUUCGGCCUAUCCCUAGAAUUCCUCUCAACACCCCCGAACCAGUUCAUUCCUUGCCCAUCUCCAAAAGAUCUGAUUAAGAAGAACCUCACCAAGGAGGCCAUCCAACACUUCCUGGACAUUCAGGCUAUAGAACCGGUAGAAAGAGAUCAGUGAGGACAAGGAUUCUAUUCCAUCCUAUUCAUAAUCCCAAAGAAUUCAGGGAGGUGGAGAGCAAUACUAGACCUAAAGAGUCUGAACAGACACCUGAAGUACAAAAAAUUCAAAAUGCAAACCCUUCACUCGAUAUUAGCAAGCAUCAGGAAGGGGGACCUUCUGACGUCCAUAGAUCUGAUGGAGGCCUACCUUCACAUUCCCAUACUUCUGGAUGACCAGAGGUUCCUCAGGUUCUACCACACGGGUCAACACUUCCAAUACAGGGCCCUACCUUUUGGACUUUCUUCAGCUCCCAGGUGUUGGCAACAACCGCCGCACACUUGAGAACAAUCCGGUGUGCAUCCAAUGCUAUCUGGACAACAUUCUCAUCCAAUCCUCAUUGGUCCAGACAGCACAGUCAGACUUGGCACUGACUCUGAAAACCCUUCAAGACCACGGAUUCUCAGUAAAUUUUCAGAAGAGUCGUGCCCUCAAACCAUCUUCUUCAUCUGGGAGUUGUCAUAGACACACAAAAGUGCACGGUCCAUCUCUCUCAGGACCGUCAAUGCAGCAUUCAAACUCUGGUCAGACUCAUCCAAAGGAAAUGGUCCUCAACACUGGCUACACUCUCACAGCUGUUAGGAAAGAUGUUGUCAUGCCUCACAAUCGUACCUUGGGCAAGGCUACACUCCAGAGAGCUCCAGUGGUUCCUACUUCCGUUUCAAAGAAUGGAGAUAGGCUCCUCAAACCGAAGAGUGAAGGUGCCACCAAAGGUCCUGAGGUCGCUCCAGUGGUGGUCCUCCCCAGAAAUGGGGAAGGGACACUUGUUCAGGGAAGCCAACUGAGUCACCCUUACAACGGAUGCCAGCCUAUUCGGCUGGGGAGCGUACCUGUAAUCACAGCUAGUACAGGGUCAAUAGUCAAAGAAAGAUCUAAAGCACAAAAUAAAUUGCCUAGAAUUCAGAGCCAUACACCUGGCCCUCCAUCACUUCCACAGCACAGUGGCGCAUCAAUAUGUGCUCAUACUCAUGGACAACGUGGCGGCCAAAGCGCAUGUCAACCGAUGAGGCACGCGAUCCAGGACCCUCAUGAACAAAGCACAAGCGCUGGGAACCUGGGCAGAAAAUAACCUAGCCUCCAUCAAGGCCGAGCACAUCUCAGGAGAAGCCAAUUGCCAGGUAGACUUCCUGUGUAGGACAGUAGGCCACCUGUGGUACACAGAUACCCUUCCUGGGAUCUACCUAAGGUCCUACAGGCCAUAACCUUACCUCCAUUUGAGCCUGCCAGGACCUGUGACCUACUGUACCUGACCCUUAAGGUCCCCUUCUUAGUCGCUGUUACCUCAGCAAGACGCAUCUCAGAACUAGCAGCCCUGUCAGUGAGGGAGGACCUUUGUAUCUUCCACACGGACAGGGUGGUGUUACAUUUGGACCUUCCUUCGUUCCAAAGGUCAAUUCCCUAUUUCACAGAGCACAGGAGGUGAUGCUAUCAAACGUUUGCCCCAAACCGUCCCAUGAACUGGAGCGCAAGUGGCACACCUUAGACAUUCGCAGAGUUUAAAGCAGUACAUCAAGCGAACGGCACCCUUCCGUAGAUCAGAAGCACUGUUUGUCUCCUUCCAUUCUCACACAAGAGGUCGGAGAGUCACUGCAUCCACAAUCGGUAGAUGGAUUAAAAGGUGUAUAGCGGAGGUAUACAGAGGACAGUCCUUGAUGGUCCCCAGAUGAAUCACUGCACAUUCCACGUGCAGUGCUGCAACCUCAGCAGCAUGGGCAACUCGGGCUUUGAUUGAAGAAAUAUUAGAGCGGCGACGUGGACGUCGCCUUCCUCUUUUAUAAGACACUACAAAUUAGACAGAUUCGCAUCUGCGGAGGCCUCCUUUGGCAGGGGAGUACUCCAGUGCAUAGUAUCAGAGAGUGGGACACAGGCCUAGAUGGCAUCCCACCCACAAGGACAGUGAGGCUUUGGUAUGUCCCAUUGGUGGAUUCUCCACUUGUCAUGCUGGAGAAGGGGCGUUGGUCUUACCUGAACGCCUUUUCUCAGUGUGACAGUGGAGAAUCCACGCCCACCCUUGAGGCCAGUCAGAUCCUAUAAGGGGAGAGGAUGGAGUCAACACAAGAAAACAUAGCCAACUAGCUUUCGCCUCGUCGAGACUGGGGCAGGGAGGUCCCAGGAGGAGAGGCGGAGCAAAAUUUGACGACUAGUCUAUGGGCAGAAGACGAAGUUAACCCCUUGGUGGAUUCUCCAUCAUCACGCUGAGAAAAGGCGUUCAGAUUCUGGGAUAUUUCUCAUCUAUAACAGUGGUCUGCAGAGCUGCUUGGAAACAAAGGACUCUUUGGUGAAAAUUUCUAAGAUCUGUAAUGCAAGUCUUCAUGCUCAGAAGUGGAAAUGGGUUUCCAGGAAUCGGCUUUUCAACAUCGGAAACAUGCAGUGCUUGGGAGUCUCUUGGAAAUCUGCAAACAGCAGUGCCACCACCCAUGCAUUGGCCACUUAUGAAUGUGACCGUGAAUCCGUUAACAUGCGGUGGAAUUGUCGGAGUCUAGGGGACCAGCUUUCCCAGUAUUUGAGCUCGAGGUUGGGGAACUGGUCAUUGACACCAGCUGAGAGAGGUGACCAGGCUCAUGGAGGCCAAUGGAAGAUCUAUGGCCAGGAUGAAGAUUUGUGCUCCAGGCCAUACUCUGAAAUUUACACUAUUCAAGGCAACUCUCAUGGAAAGCCCUGCACCAUCCCCUUCAAGUACGAUAAUCUGUGGUUUCAUGACUGUACAAAUAUGGGACGUGGAGAUGGUCAUCUCUGGUGUGCCACCACACAGGAUUAUGGCAAAGAUGAGAGAUGGGGAUUCUGCCCCAUUAAGAGCAAUGACUGUGAUACAUUUUGGGAUAGAGACCAACUCACCAAUAGCUGCUAUCAGUUUAACUUCCAGUCCACCCUGUCUUGGCAGGAGGCCGGAAAGAGCUGUGAGCAGCAGGGAGCCAGCUUGCUUAGUAUCACUGCAAUUCAUGAACAGACCUACAUCAAUGGACUGCUGACAGGAUAUGGUUCCACACUCUGGAUUGGGCUUAAUGAUUUGGACCUCAAUGGGGGCUGGCAGUGGUCUGAUAAUUCCCCCUUGAAGUUCCUCAAUUGGGAAAAUGAUCAACCUGAUAAUCCCAAUGAAGAGAAUUGUGGGGUGAUACGGACAGAGUCCUCGGGAGGAUGGCAGAACCGGGAUUGCAGCAUUGCUUUGCCAUAUAUCUGUAAAAAGAAACCAAAUGCUACUUCUAAUACACACUUCACAGUAGAAUCUGAAGUGAAGAUUGAUUGUGAUCCCAGCUGGCAGCCAUUCCAAUCUAACUGCUAUCGUUUGAUAAGUGAAAAGAAAAGUUGGAUAGAUGCCAAAAAGACCUGCUUGCGCAGUGAAGGGGAUCUGGUGAGCAUCCAUACCCUCUCUGAACUGGAGUUUGUCACCAAGCAAAUCAAGCAAGAUGUUGAAGAACUUUGGAUUGGUCUGAAUGAUCUCCGGCUACAGAUGAAUUUUGAGUGGUCAGAUGGCACACCAGUGCAGUUUACAUUCUGGCAUCCUUUUGAGCCCAAUAAUUUCCGAGAUAGCCUGGAGGAUUGUGUGACUAUCUGGGGGCCGGAAGGGAGAUGGAAUGACAGUCCUUGCAAUCAGACAUUGCCUUCUGUCUGUAAGAAACGGGGUCGAGUAAGUCAGGGGAAAGAGGAGGACCAUGGCUGUAGAAAGGGUUGGAAAUGGCACAGUCCAUCCUGUUAUUGGCUGGGGGAUGACCAUGUGAUAUACAAUGAAGCUCGGAAAAUGUGCAUGGAUUUUGGUUCUGCCCUGGUUAUUAUCACCAACAGAUUUGAACAGGCCUAUGUGAGCAGCCUCAUCUAUGGAUGGGAGGAUGAAUAUUUCUGGACUGCAUUACAAGACAUAAAUGAAACUGGUUCUUUCCAUUGGUUGAGUGGAGAUGAAGUCACCUACACCCACUGGAACCGCAACCAACCUGGUUAUAACAAAGGUGGCUGUGUUGCUUUGGCCACAGGAAGUGCCAUGGGCCUGUGGGAAGUAAAGAAUUGCACUACAUUCAAGGCCAAGUAUAUCUGCAGGCAGAAUCUGGGGACACCAGUAAAUCCUGAACUUCCUUCACCACAUCCUACACCCAGCCUCACUGGCUCUUGUCCUUCAGGAUGGACCAACCCCUCCAAGCUGAGAUAUUGCUAUAAAGUAUUCAGCUAUGAUAAGCUGCAGGAAAAGAAAAAUUGGAUCACAGCACAUUUGUUCUGUCAGGAAUUAAAAGCACAGCUCUUGAGCUUGAGUGAUUAUGAGGAGGAACAUUUUGUAGCCAACACCCUCAACAAGAUUUUUGGGGAAUCGGAACCUGACACUCACGAGCAACACUGGUUCUGGAUUGGCUUGAAUCGCCGUAGCCCUAGAACCGGGGGAAGUUGGAGCUGGAGUGAUGGUGUUGGAUUUUCUUAUCACAACUUUGACCGCAGUAAUCAUGAUGAUGAUGACAUCCGUAACUGUGUGGCCCUCAACUUCGCAUCCUUGCAGUGGGUGCCUCUGCAAUGUGAAAUUAAACUGGACUGGAUCUGCAAAUUGCCCAAAGGGACUGAAGUGAAAGAACCAGAAACAACCAUCCAAGGGAGUAAUGAGUGGUUAAAGUUUCAGGAUGCUGAAUAUAAAUUCUUUGAUCACCAUUCAACUUGGGUGCAGGCUCAACGGAUUUGCACAUGGUUUCAAGCUGAGUUGGUGUCAAUUCAUAGUCAAACUGAAUUGGAUUUUUUGGGCCAAAACUUGAAGAAGUUUUCAAGAGGUCAGGAAGAACAUUGGUGGAUUGGAUUAAACACCUAUGAGAACGAUGGACGGUUUCGAUGGUCUGAUGAUUCUCUGUUGAAUUUCAUCUCAUGGGCACCUGGUAAACCACGGCUUAUUAACAAAGAAAGGAAGUGUGUGUACAUGACAGCUAGCAGAGAGGAUUGGGGUGACCAGAGAUGCCUCACUGCUCUGCCUUAUAUUUGCAAGCGUACCAACACCACCACUGUGCAGCCUUCCUUGCCGUCGCUACCUGUACCAACUCCUGGCAGCUGUGCCCAAGGGUGGCAUGCUUUUAUUAAUAAGUGCUUUAGGAUCUACAGUCAAGAAAAAGUGACAUGGAUGGAGGCAAAGCGGAAAUGUGAAAUUCAGGGAGGUAUAUUGGCUACUAUUUCAAACCAUCUUGAGCAAGCUCUUAUAACAACUUUUCUCCCAAACGUGACCUUUGAUAUAUGGAUUGGUCUCCAUGAUUCCAAGAAGGAAUUUCUCUGGGUAGAAUCUGAGGCUGUGAAGUAUGUGAACUGGGCCCCUGGAGAACCAUCUGGAUAUGGAACAUCCAUUGCUAGUGAUCAGCCGACCAACUGUGCUGUAAUGUGGCAUGGCCUCCCUUCCCUGUUUACAGGGCGUUGGGAUGAUAGGAACUGCCAAGAGGAGAAACAUAUUUUUAUCUGCCAGAGAAGCAAAGACCCUACUUUAAACCCUUCUUCACCGUCCUCUCCUAUUCUCAACUCUACCCUUUCAUAUCUUAACAAUACUUACCGUGUCCUGAUGAAGCCGCUCAAAUGGCAUGAAGCUGUGUUGUUAUGUGAGAGUCUCAAUGGAAGUCUAGCAAAUGUGUUAGAACCAUUCACCCAGGCCUUCCUCACUCAGAUAGUCAGCAGUUUACAUACCCCACUCUGGAUUGGUUUGUCCAAUGAAGAGGGGAAACGUAAUUAUGGAUGGUUUGCAGAUGAGACUGUCCCCUACACAAACUGGCAAGAUGGAGAACCACAACAAAUUGUGGGGUGUGCAUACAUGGAUAUAGAUGGAACAUGGCGAACUGCCAAUUGUGACACAAAGCUUCAAGGGGCCAUCUGCAAGUUGAACAUAGGACCCCUUUCUUCACACAAGUGGAGCUACAAUGGAAGUUGUCCUAAAACAAUAGAAGAUUCCUCUUGGGUUCCUUUCCGAAACCAUUGCUAUGCAUUCCACAUGGAAAUUAUUCUAAGUCAGAAAGAAGCUGUGAAGAAAUGCCAGAAAGUUGGAGGUAUGAUGCUGUCCAUUCUAGAUGAGAUGGAGAAUAUCUUUAUUUGGCAACAUCUACAAGUUUAUGAGAGCCAAGCCAAAGGAGUAUGGCUGGGGAUGUCCUUUAAUCCCAAAGGGGGUACACUUGUUUGGCAUGACAGCACAGCUGUAAACUAUUCUAACUGGGGACAACAUGACACAGGACCAAGCAUGAUCAGCCCAAAUAGCUGCUAUUGGAUCCAGAGCAGCAAUGGGGUAUGGCGUUUGGGCUCUUGUUCAAAUGUAACAAUGGGAGUCAUCUGUAAGACAACUCGAGUGAAAGGAAGCUCCAUCUCCAAAUCAGCUUUCCUGGAAAACACAAAAACCAUUGUUGUAGUCAUCCUCUCCUCUCUAACACUAUGUGUACUGGUAGCUGUUGCUUUCUAUCUGUAUAAGCGCAGGUGGAUUUCAGAACGAGGGACAUUUGAGAGUGCUCGCUAUAGCCGCACCAAUGCAAGUCCUAGUGAAUCUGCUGAGAAGAACAUCCUGGUAUCUGAUAUGGAGAUGAAUGAACAACAAGACUAAUGAUGAAUCUGUCAAGUGUGGGAGUGGGGGGGUGGGGGUGGGGAACAGGGAUGAGAGGGUCACAAGUACCUGUCAUGAACAGUCUCAAAAACAAGCCUCUCAGGAGAGCAGAACACAACUGCUGAGUUACAGCAGAAGAGUUGAAAGGCAGGGCAGCGACCCACUAAAGAGAUGUGGAGAAAUACAAAAUGGAACUUUGUAAGAAAUUCCAUCUUUUACCUUUGUCCUACUCAGAGAAGAGAAAAAUGAUGGUUGAUCUCUUGGAAGGAAAAUCUCAUUUUGGAGCCUAUAAUCUCUAGGUGGCUGUACAGCUUCUUCACAUCUCUUUAGAGACUUAGUAUAUAAACAUUUUUUUUUCUCUCUGAUAAUAAUAGCAAAACAAGUAUUUUGCUGUAUCUUUUCAUCUUGCUCUUCCUUUCCUGUUUUGUUUCUUUCUGUGAUAUGUCUUCCAUUACUUCUCAGAGCCAUGUCAAAGGCCCUUGAAUUCUUUUGGUUGAGACCAGAUCUUCUAUUCCAUUGCUGCCCAGCGACUUUUUCUUUUCUAAGCCUUGAUACUACCAUGAAACCUAUUGCCAUAGAAAGCCUUUCCCCAAAAUCAUUGAAAGCAGCAUCAUUGAACUUUCAUAUUUACGAGUGCCAGCUUCAUAAUAGAAAUAUUUAUAGCGGUGCUUAAAAGCUGGUGAAUUUCUUUGAAGGUUCAAUAUUUCUGCAUAAUGUCUUGACUCAUUUGUUUAAUUGGUUUCUUUAUCUAGUUUAAGGACAUGUGGAGAACAGAUCAUGGUUUAGACUAUAUUUAUGUAUAAAUAUUGAAAGGGUUCACAAACUUUUAAGCACCAGUAUAGAUAGAUUUAUUUUAUUAAAUUUAUGGGUGGCAAAUAAAUUUAAUAAAUGAAUGCUUUGGGGUAACAAAGUAAGGGUGUUGAAAUGUUUUGGCAGUUAGAUACUUCAUACAAUACUGCAUAAAAAUGGCCAGAGUGUUGUGUAAUUACUAUUCAUUGAUUAUAAAACACAUGUGUUAAGAAAAUGCAGUAGGUGUGGCAUUCGGAUCUUUAUAUCUGAGAGAAUAAUAAUCAGAAUGAGAAGGUUGUACUGAAGGAUUACAUUUCCCCAGAUGAAAUAAUGUUUGAGCACUUAAAAUGAAUAAAGGCAGCCAAAGCAGUAAUUGUCCUAUGUAAUAACACAAAGAGGAAACAAUAAUGCACUUAUUAUGUAAACCUGAUAUUGCACAAAGAUAUCUAAAUUUUGGAACCCAGUGUGCUCAGUAUCUGAGUUUCAUCACAAUCACAAAAUGAGCAGCACGAUACAAGCUCCACUGCUUUUGUGAGAGAGACAUCGUAUGUGUGUAGAAGCAGUUUGUAUUAUGACAUUUGGAUGCCCUUCUCAAUAUUUUAUUUCUCCCCCUAGUUUGGGCAGUCAUGUUUCAGCAACAGAAAGCUGGCCUGUGAAUUGAUGUUCCAUUCCCCAUGGGUUUAAAAUCAUUUGAAAAAAGCAAAUCCUUUAUUUUUAUUUAAAAAUAGCAUAUAGGCUGCUGGGCAACUUAAGGCUUGGAUGCCAAUGCUAAGAACCAAUGAAAAAAUACUGUACCUGCUUAGAAUAGUGGCUUUUUAUUAUAAUAAUUAUUUACAGAAAUAAAGAAUAAAAGGAGCCUCAUUUAAAACAGGCACCCUAUAAGAGCCUUUCUAUUUUACAUUUUUGUUUCUAAUUAAAUAUUUCUGAGUGGUGACUGUUUCAAUGAAGUGGGGAUAAAUAUUUUUACAACUUAGAUACUUAAGGAAUUUUAUUAUAUAUGAAAACAGAUUUUUCACUUAAGCUGGAUAUUAAGUGUUUGUAAAAAAAAAAAAAGGUAUACCUAUGACAUUUAGAUACCUGAAUACAUUCCAGAUCAACAAACAUUAAGGAAAGUUUCAAAGCAAAUCUAACUUUCCCGUUUUCUUUUCCUUGAUAACUGCCUAUUCUGUGAGCAACGUUUUGAUUUAAAGGAGUGUAUAUCUGUAUAUGUUUAUAUGGCUUUCUUGCUCAAUAUUUUUCUCCUCAGGGGAUAAUUUAAAUCAAGAUAGAGCAUUUAGAUGUUUCAAACUCUGUCGUAGGAUGGGCAAGUUGCCUUUGAGCAUGUGCAAUGUUUUUUUCAUCUCAUUGAUGGGAUACACUGUUGAGAUAUACAAGCAGCCCUCCAGCAUCUUAAUAAAGUUAGGGCAGAGGUCAAGAUUUGUAGCAUUGGGCACAAAAGAUUUACCAUUUUACUGAUGAAGUAGAAUCACUUUGCAGUAAUAUUUAGGACAGGAUUUAUGUGCAAAUAUCUUGUGGAAACUGACACCAUUGUUCACUGAAAUGACUAUUUUUUUAAAAAAAGAAGCAUAGGUUCCUUCCCCAUGAACUGCUGGCAUGCUUUCAAUUUUGUUUGAUAGGAGAAUUGUCUUGAAAACAUCUCUUGUGCAAGGCAAGCCAGCUAACAUGUGUUCAAAGAGGAAGUGCAAUAGCAGAGCUGAAAGGAUGGAAAGCUUUUCAAGAUCAGCCUCUUCAUUCUCCCAGCUAUUCAAGCGGCUGCUAUUCCCUCAGUUUCUUUCUCCAUAAUGACUAUACUGUAUAUUCUUGCUUAUUAUUUGCUUUCAGAGUAAAUCAAGUGUAACUAGAAAUGAUUAAUUCCAUAAAGGAGGGGAGAAGUAUACUGCCAUUAAUGGAGGCAUUUCAAUAUACUGGAAAAAUGUUUCAGUUUAAAUAUUUUCUAUUUGUUUUUAAUAAUGUGAAAAGGUGCUAAAAACGAAACUGGCAUAUUUUAAAAUAGAUUGCUAUAGCUUUUUUAAAAAAAUAAGUAUUUUGAAUAAAGCUUACUUUCCCAUCA